AUGGUUACGCACGGAUUCCAGGUCACAGCAGCAGUGCUUGCAGUUGUGGUCAAGUUGGGAACUUCGGAACCAGCGGAGUUGACGAUUUCGUCCCGAUCCGGAUUGAAACCAUGGGUGGAUGUUGACACACCCAAGUCCGUGUACAACCUCACGUCAUCUCGAGGAGAUACGUGGACAUUGGUCAUGAGUGACGAGUUCAACGUUCCUGGACGCAAUUUUGCACCUGGAAGAGAUCACAUGUGGACGGCAGUAGAGAUGCCUGACGGCGUGAACGCAGCUUUGGAAUACUACAGCAUCAACAUGACGAGCACCUUGACCGAGCCUGACGGUCGAGGUGUUUUCCAGAUCAAGAUCAUGGAAGACGAGAAUAUCACGUACACCGUGUGGAACAACUACGCCGAGCCAGCAGGUUUCGAGACGCACAACAUGUACUAUCGGGCUGGGAUGAUCCAAUCGUGGAACAAAUUCUGCUUUCAAGGAGGGCGGAUGGAAGUCGUUGCACAAUUGCCAGCAACCGUAAGCUCGAGUAACCCAGACAUGAAGAACAUCAACAACCGCGUGGAAUCGACGGAGUUCUACCCGACGUGGCCCGGUAUUUGGUUAUUGGGAAACUUGGGCAGAGCACUCUUUUCGCAAUCCACAAGUCGCAUGUGGCCCUGGAGCUACAACGAAUGUGACAAGACGUUAAAAACUAGCCAGAGAAUCAAUGCCUGUGACGGACGUCCUGGGCACGGUCUCAAUCCGUAUCAAGGAAGAGGAGCUCCGGAAAUCGACUUGCUUGAAGGAGCUGGCAACAUAAUCUCCACAAGUAUUCAACUGGCACCUGGCAUGCCGAAUGACUUUCGAAUCAUACCGCCGACAAAUGAUGCCGAUCAGUCCUGUGUGUACACUGCAACUUGCAAAACUAUGGGCGCGAACUUCCCUGGCAUUCCAACCAAAACAUACGCCGCUAGAAAGCACAACACUUGGUACCAAGGACUUCGAUAUGCUCCAAAUACACUCUGCACACCGAUGGGCAGCCUGAAGCAAGAUGCGGACACGGUGAUCAAAAACAUGAAGAAAGGCUACACGAGCAACAUGUGCACUGAAGUCAACAUGUGCCCAGCUUCCGGUGAUGGAUAUUCCAGUCUCGAACUCAUCGAUGGCAACGGAACAAGGCACUGGGGGAUCAACGACGUCGGAGGAUGCAUGCCACUCGUCAAUGGAUACACAGGAGCUUUCUUGUGUGAUCCAGACAGUUCAAAUUCCAAAUGCUUGGCACCAUUAGCAGCAGGAAAACCUGGCGGCAACGUCAUGGAGCCUUUCGAGUACCAAAUGGACGCCAUUUCGGCCAACUGGCCUGUACAAACUGCUGCGUACACAAGUUACUUGAAGUAUCAGGUUGAGUGGGUGAUGGGGUCCGAUGGAUAUGUGCGCUGGAUGCUCGAAGACGUUGUAAUGUUUGAGAUCCCGGCCGAUGCUGUCGAAAAUGUACCACAAGAUGCCGCAAAGUCCAACCCCAAGAAGAUCAUGCUGGAAGAGCCCAUGUACGUGAUCUUCAACGUCGCGCUUUCGACGAGCUGGGGUACCACACCGCCGAACCCGGGAUUACCUUGCCGUGGUGAUGGCUCUGACGCACAGACCAAUGCCAUUUGUGACGGGUUCCCCAUGUACAUGAAGAUUGACUACAUCCGCAUCUACCAAGAUUUAUCGCCCAGCUCCACCAUGGCUAUCGGCUGUGAUCCUUCCACACAUCCAACGAAACAAUGGAUCGAAGACCACAUUGACGAGUACGAGACGGAAGAGAACAAGGUGAUCGAAGUCCACGGUGGAGCCAACUGCAAACAUGAACGCGACUGCACUGUAAGCACUUCCCACGUCUUGACCGGCACGUGUGACCGCAAUGACCGAUGCAUUUGUCCGUCAAAUGCCUGGGGUGGCCCUCGUUGCACAACAGCACUCACUGAUACAUCGAACGGUGUUGGCUUCGGACCGCCUGUGGUACUUGCGACUCCGUUGAGUGUCUUCAUCAUCAUCCUUUUUGGCUUCGUCGCGUACAAGAUCACAUGCCAGCAAAGCAGGAAGGCCAAAGUAGGUGCUGGCACUACCCGAUCGAGAGGGUUUAUAAAACUCCAGAUGGAUGACAUCCCGAUGUCGAUCAGCGCACCAGACGACAGAGUAGCGUAA